AUGGCUGCUCAUGAAUUUAAACAUAAUUUCGAUCGUCGAUUUGCCGGUGAUGAUGAUCAUGAGAAUGAUGAUGGUGGUGAAUUUCAUGAUAUUGUAGUCAAAGGAAAAGUGAAGUCUGAUGAAGAAGCUUGUGAAUUAUACAAUUCAUAUGCUUUUAAGCAUGGAUUCGGUACACGUAAAGGAGACAAAAAAACAAGGAAUGAUAAGACAGUAAGGCAGCGAUUUUUAACAUGUUCUUAUGCUGGUUUCAAAAAAAUAAAGAGUGAUGUUUUGUACCAAAAAAGGGAUUUUCGUACUGGUUGCAAAGCAUACAUCCAGUUUGAUGUUGAUAAGGAGUCUGGUUUAUAUUACGUGGUGAAACAUGAAAUGGAGCAUAAUCACAGUAGGGUUCCCGUUUCAAAGAGACAUUUGAUAAGAUCUCACAGAAAGGUUAGUAGUGAUCAACUUGCCAUGGUUACUAGUUUGUCUGAAAAUGGUAUACCUAUUGCUGAUGCAUAUCGUGUUAUAAGGGAUCAAGAUGGCGGUGAAGCCAAUCUUAGUUUUCUUCAAAGAGAUCUUUAUGUUGCUUUGAGUGGGGAAAAGAAAAAGAAGUUUGAUGGUUGUGACACAAAACAAUUGAUUUCUUACUUUAAAGAAAGGAAGUCAAAGGAGUAUGAUUUUUACUAUGAUUUUGAUGUUGAUGAAAAAGGUCAUCUACAGUCCUUUUUCUUUCGUGAUAGUAGGAUGAAAGUUGAUUAUGAUGCAUUUGGAGAUCUUUUGGUACAUGAUACUACAUAUCGGACAAAUAAAUACGGUAUGAUGUGUGGUCCUUUUGUUGGCAUGAAUCACCAUAACAAGAAUGUCAUGUUUGGUAUUGGAUUUGUGAUCAAUGAAAAGUGGGAGUCUUUUGAGUGGCUAUUCAACACUUUUUUGAGAUCAAUGGGUGACAAACAUCCAAUCACUAUAAUGACCGACCAAGCUCAAUCAAUGGCUAAAGCCAUUAGGAUUGUAUUUCCUAAUAGUCGUCAUCGAUUAUGUACUUGGCACAUUGGAGAGAAUGCUAAAAAUAACAUCAAGGGACUAAGAGCAAAGGAAGGUUUCAAUGAUUUAUUUGAUAUUGUUUUGAAGUACACUGAUACAAUGGUUGAGUUUGAGCAUUAUUGGUCCAGCAUGCUUACCAAAUACAAGUGCAAUGAUAACAACUGGCUCAACAACUUGCAUAACAUUCGGGAGAUGUGGUGUCCUGCAUAUUCAAAAGACUAUUUUAGUGGAGGAAUUCUUUCUUCUCAAAGGAGUGAAACAACAAAUAAAUCUGUUUCACGUAGACUUCACUUCACCCAUGGUUUAUGUGAUUUUUACAAGACUUUCAUUGAGGUUGUUGAAGAGUGGAGGAGCAAAGAAAAUGACCAUGAUUACGGUAGUAUCACGGGAAACCGUCAUCUGGUUUGGGCUGAUGUUGGUCUAUUGGAGCAUGCUAGAAGAAUUUACACCAUUCAAAUGUAUCUUCAAUUUGAAGAUAACUUUGUAAAUGGUGUUCCAUGCACCGCUAGGGUUAUUGCAAUGCAGCCUCCUCUUUACGAGUAUCAUGUUGGACAUCCCAAAAGGGACUUGAUUGCACACACGGUAAAUUUUGAUGAGUCAGAGGUUACGCAUACCCUUCGUGUUCUUCAUCUCAACAAUGUGACCUACAUACCAAAAAGAUAUAUCUUGAAAAGGUGGACUAAGGCAGAUAUGUGCACUAAGGUGGAUGACCAUGUUGUUGAAAAAGAUGGUGUGACACCUUCAAGUGUUUGGAGACUACAAUAUGUAAGGACUUUCAUUCGUUUAAUUGAUCGUGGACAACAUGAUUUAAGCACUUGUAAUGUAAUUGAAGAAGCUAUUAAUGAGUGUGCUAGUAGAAUUGAAAUAUUGUUGAGAAAAGAUGGAAAUGAAGAGGGUCACGGGAAAGAAAAUGAUGAUAACACAGAUGCUCAAGCUGCUGCCCAAUGCUUGGAAAGUGGUAAUCUAUUAGAGCCACAAGAUGUGAUUCAAGCUAAUGUCGUUCAAGACUCACCAACAUCUGCUGAAAAACCCAUUGAAAAUGAGAAGGAAUGUAUGGUAAAAGACCCCAUUAGAAGGAGGAAGAAAGGACAAAAGAACAUCCGACUUAAGAGCAAACAAGAAAAAAUAUGCAACAAGCUAAAAGGGCAGAAGAUUAAGUCAUGGAAGAAGAAAAAUGCAAAGGGACUCUUUACAGCUCCUGAAGGAAAUACAUUGGCUCAUUCUUCUUUGUUUGGUGGUUCAAUUGAGUAUUUUGAAGCUGAUGAAUAUUUUGAAGUACAUGUUACACCAUUUACAUAA